CGUGCCGCUCCUGGCCCCGCCCCUAUAUAAGGGGCGGCCUCAGCGCGGCCGCGACCGCGUUCGUCGCCUUUCCCGCAGCCGACCUGCGUUCGGGCACCAUGGCAGACCAGUCCUUUGUGACUUUAGCCACAAAUGACUCCUAUGUGAAAGGAGCACUGGUACUUGGUUCAUCCUUGCAACAGUACAGAACAACAAGGAAGCUGACUGCACUCAUAACUCCUCAGGUCUCAGAUCUUAUGAGGAGAGUGCUGGAAAGAGUCUUUGAUGAAGUCAUAUUGGUAAAUGUCUUGGAUAGUGGGGAUUCAGCACACCUGGCAUUAAUGAAAAGACCUGAGUUGGGCAUCACACUAACAAAGCUUCACUGCUGGGAACUGACACAGUUUUCAAAAUGUGUUUUCAUGGAUGCAGACACAAUGGUUUUGUCAAAUAUAGAUGAGCUUUUUGAGAGAGAAGAGCUGUCUGCAGCACCAGAUCCAGGCUGGCCCGACUGUUUUAAUUCAGGAGUUUUUGUUUACCGACCUUCCAUUGAAACAUACAGUCAGCUGUUACAGUUUGCCACAGAGAAAGGCAGCUUUGAUGGUGCAGAUCAGGGGUUAUUAAACACCUUCUUCAGCAGCUGGGCAACAACAGACAUGAGUAAACAUCUACCGUUUAUUUAUAAUUUGAGCAGCACUUCUGUAUAUUCCUACCUUCCAGCAUUUAAAGCGUUUGGUGCAAAUACUAAGGUCGUGCAUUUCCUGGGAAGCACAAAGCCAUGGAACUAUACAUAUGACUCCAGAACAAAAAGCAUAAAGGGCAAUAUGGACGACCCAAAAAUAGUUCACCCAGAAUUCCUCAACAUGUGGUGGGAUACCUACAUAGCUGAUGUUUUACCAUUACUAGAACAGCACGGAAUUGUUAAAGAAAUUACUACAGGGGCAAACAUGCUAUCGGGCUUGGUCUAUACUCUGGCUUUCUCUUGUGGCUUCUGUAGAGAGGCAGAAGUUACAGAGGCAGUGUCCCACGUAUCAGUAUCACCACUAUUACCAACUGAAUCUUCAGAAGAACGCAAGGAGCGGUGGGAACAGGGCCAAGCUGACUAUAUGGGAGUGGAUUCCUUUGAUAACAUCAAGAAGAAACUUGAUACCUACCUGCAGUAGAAAUGCCUGUCUCAAACAGUGGUGAUGCAAGGACUUGUUCCAGAACUAACAGCUAGAAAGGUAUAGAUGGUGGUCAGUUACACUUGCUAGUAGCUUGAGGAAAAACUUCUUGGCUGAAGGCCUCUGCAGUGCUACAGAUGAAGACUGAGCAAAAGCUAGGAAGCAGAAUCCUUGGGCCACCUAUUACUGCCCAAUUUCCAAUUCUCCCUACUAGAUAAAACCAGGUAUUUUCAGCUUAAAAUUUCUUCUGUUUUGAUCAAUUGGCUCAACAUAUUCUUUAAACUGGGUUUGUUACCUCACCUCAUUAAGGUGAUUAGCAUUGAUUCCUUUGCUUGCUGUUCUAGAUGUAAAAUCUAAUUCAUGGGAUUGCUCAUACACUGGAGUGGUAGCCAUUCUGCUUUACCAUAAAUGUAUUAAUGACACUGGGAUACAUACAGUUGUAACAGUAAUAGCACUGCUUUGCUCUUCCAGUCACAAUUGCACUGAAAUUUUGACCAGGUUCUUACGCACAGUGCCUGCAGCAUGGCAGAAUGCGUUUUUCAGUUCUGUAUACUAUGGGACUAGUAAACUGAGUUUUAUCUGUUCCUUGCAAUGUUGCACUUGAUACAAAAAUAAAAAGUUGUCAUGCAUUUCUGUCUUCCCUAAACUCUUGAGCAAUUAAGAAAAAGGGAGCUCCAAAGUAGUCUAACUAAAAUAUUUAACAGGUAUAAAUAACCCUUAAGCUUUGCUAAUGCUACUCAAGCUCUCAUUAGAAAAUGUCCAGCUUUUAGUUCAUAAUUAUUUAGAAGUACUUAGUAAUUUGCCAGGGCCAAUCCCUUUAUUAGCUUGCCAUAAAUAGAGGACAGGGCACUGGAGGAAGUGCCUGCUGAAGCUGCUUGCAUUAGUAACUUGAAGUUUGGGAAGAAGAUAUCUUUCUUUCAAAUGACUAAAGAAACAUCAUCCCUAAUGUGAGCCCUGUAUGCUGAACUUAGUCUUAAACACAACAGUGAUCCUACUUUGGCAAAGAGGGAUUACAUAGCUGCUUAAGUAACUUAACUGCACCUACGCUGAUAAGGAAAACUACUCUUUCCAUGUGUAAAGAGAGUAAAAGAAAGUGCUUUUUUUGCCACACUCAGGCUACAUGUAUUCCGAAACACAUGGAAAAGCAGUAAAAAUAAAGCGUGCUGAUGACAGAGAUUGGCUGUUAUCUGUACUAAGGUGUAGAUCUGUCCUUCAGCCAAAAGUCUAAACAGAACAAAACUGGUGUUCUUUGACAGCUAUACCCUGCACUAAUCCAGAAACACUAAGAAAAUAUUACUUCAUUAUUUCCUAAUAAAGGAGGAUUUUGGCUGGAAUCUAGUGAUGGUGCUAAACCUUUAGCCUAGAGAUAAAAUAAACAAUCAACAAGCUAUCACCAUUUGCUGGUAAAGCAGAAGACAUAAUAUGAGUAUAAGGGUUAGUCUGUUUUAACUGUUUUCACUACUUAAUUGCUCUAAGAUUUAGUUGGUCACCAUUUAGGAAAAAUGCUAAAAGAUGAGGUCCAAACCAGAGUAGCUUGUAGCUACUUAAAAGAACAUAGUAUCUCCUAGUUGUAACUAGCCCUUUCCUGUAUGGGUUUUUCUUUUGCUGUGUUUUUGUUUUUUGUUUGUUUUUUUUUUUAACAGAUAAAUUUGAAGUUGUGUGAAAGCAGGAGGGAUUACUAGUUACAGUCUGUAAUGACAAAAGUAUACUUUAUCAAACAAAUAUUGGAGAGUUCUGCAUACUCACAGAAUACUCUAUGGAAAAUGGUAAAAUACUCUCUUUAAGCUAAACAGUCUAAAUUUUCUUCCCCUUGUCUGUAUUCAUACUUGAGAAUAGGCACGUUACUUCUUUUUAAGCUUAGUUGGAGAGAACCAAAUAUAAAAGUAUGAUACUUAUUACCUGCCUGAAAAUUUGGUUUAGCAUGUAAGUUUUGUUACGUUAAUACAAUAAGAUAAGGAGAGAUGCUGAAUAAGAUGAAAACCGGCAUGUUUUUGGUUAACAAAUACAGUUAGUGAAGAAAGAUAACCUGUGAAAAUCAUUCUGUCGUAGCCUCUGUAACUCAUACUAUGAUCAAGUAUAUAUGAUCACAGCCUCAGGAAAGCAAAAGGUAUGACAUCUAUACCGAAUUCUAUGCAGCUUAUUUUCAAUAAAAUGACCUUUUAUGUCAUUAUUUGCAACUAUUUCCUUCACAAUUGCUGCAGGCAGCUUUUGCAGAAAAACAGAGAUCCCUUUUUAUUCCUUGCAAUAGCAUCACUUGAUACAUCAGGCAGUUUUCUACUCUAAUCUGAAGGUACUCAAAGCAGCACUAUACUCUAAACAUCAUUAUUCAGAAGAAUCACAGCACUGCUGAGAUUGCAACUCAAAUAUUGGAACUUCAUUUGCCUUUAUGAAGCCUGUAAUCUAAGGUAUUCCUUAAAUGGUGACAGCUCAGCAACCCUUAAAAGCUUAAGAAGCAUUUUUUCCAUAUACAUCUUUAUUUUAUGUAUGGGGGGUGGGGGGAAAGAAACAAAAAACAAAACCAAAAACCCCCAAACAAACAAAACCCAACCAAAACCAGAAUGAUAGACUACUAACUCAAUAUUUGGAAUUAAAAAUAAUUCCAAAAGCUAACUUCUAGAACAUGCUGUUCAAACUCCACGAAAGAGAAUGCCAAAAGCCAAAGACUACUUACAGAUCAUGAAAAGCAGAAAAAAAAAGGCCAAACAGCCAGAACACCAAGGUGUUUAACCACCCGACUUACUGAACAGCUCCAUCAAAUCAGACAGGACUUUUCUGUGCUCAGCUUUUACCUCUUUUCUCUCAGAUACAUUAAUGGCUUUCUUAGGAGAGACCAUGCAGUGUAGUAUUACCUUCAGUAAGUUUUAUAUGGCUUUGGAACAUGGAAAUCAUCAUCUAAUAGACAAACAAUACUAGUAACUGCUUUCAGUUGUUUUCAUAAUCAUACUAAGCCAUUUUGCAAAGUAUCACCAUAUUUUCACACAAGUAAUGAUGCAGCUUGACUAGUUGUAGAAAUGGUUCUCUUGCCUGUGAAAUUUUUACUUGUAAAAUGGAAAUAACAAAAAAACCCCAAAUCUGUCCUUUGUAAUUGCAAAUUAUUUUUCCAGCUUAUCAUUUAAUAUCAAAAUCUGAACCAGAAAAACGCAAAAAAAGUUUAACUCACAUAAACUCUAUGCAAAAAAAACCAAACAAACAAACAAAAAAAAACCCAAACAAAAAAAAAACCAACCCAAAAAAACCCCACUCAAAACCCAGCUUCAGUCAGGUUUAGCUCUGUUUUCUUGUUCUUUUUCAACUUUCCAGUGACAAUCAGAUACUGGGGUUCAUGCUGUCUUCCAUCGUUCAUGUCCUUGUUAUUCUUUCUCUAACAGACUUAAAGUAUGCCUCUCUCCAUAGCUAAGGUGCUGGCUCUCCAAAAACUGCAUCAGUUUGUUAGUUGGCUUGUUUUUAAUUCCUUUCUCACUCCUUUCAUUAGCUCACUUUCUCCAAAUAGUAGACAUCUUCCCUCUAUUUCUCAAUCCUUUUCCAUUACUUAUGUUUGCAAUUCAUCUUAUAAUCAGCAGGCUGAUAUUCUCAGACAUAAGAGGUGAAAGGCUUUACAAGCUUUGCAGACUCCAUUUCUCUGCUGCCAAGUACACUUCCCAAAUCUAGACAGGACCUAAAUAUAGCAAUCUCUGCCUCCAGUUCAAAAUCUGAGCAUCAUAGUGAAGGGAGCAGGAUGUUAGGUGAACACAUAUCAGAAGACCACAAUCAAAUGGAAAGAAAAGAACAGACAAGAAUAUUCAACUAAUACUCAACUGAGAUUCUUCAGUGCUGUUUUUUACUCAGUGGGACAUGAACAAGUGUAGUUUACCAAAUUCUUCCUCCGUAAAUCAAGCAGCAUGCAGAUCAGCAUUCCAUUAAGACAUAUGUAUGGCAGUGAAAAACAUGCCAUUUUUCCACUACAAGAGGAAAAGCAGUACAGGAAAACUGUUAGAAAGCUGGCAGCUAUAAAAUAAUUUGUUUUAAUUUAUUUUACAAGGACUAACUCAUUCACUGACACAUGAGUGGAUUAGAGUCUACUUUGCAUAUAGCACAGUCUUAUUGUUCAAAGUGUCUACUGAAAUUGCUAGAUAGCAUGCUGUCAAUACAUGCCUAUGAUUAUAGUAUUUUAUCAAAAAAACCUUUACUUUUACAAAAUCAUUGGAGUUCUGUUAAGUAAAACAUUAAAAGAAAGUGUUUCACAAAUUUAAGUACUUCCUUUUUACUAAUUCCUGGGGAGUAAUCAACAGAGGAACUCCCUCCUGCACCUGUGUACUAUUCAGAAAUAGUAAAAAUACUUUAAAAUUUUGAAUUAAAUUCCAUCUUUGGACAUAGCCUGCAAAAAUAAGAAUUCCUUACAAAGUGUCACUGACCACCUUUUCUGAAACAAUCAGUCCAGAUGAUCUGUUUGUUUAUCAGGCAAUACUAAGAUAGAAACAUGAAACUAAUUCAUUUAUAGAGGGUUUUGUCUGAAGGAGAAGACACAUUAUUUACCUUUUACUACCUUGUCACCUCUAAAAUGAGAUUAAAUACGUGCAAGUUAGAAUGCAGGAAUACGCAUUUUGGUUUUGAGGGGUUUUUUUGUGUUGUUACGCAUUGUACUAACAAGCAGCCUUUUGAAGAAAUGAACACUGGAAAAAUUUCAGGAGUUUGUGUGCUUCUAAAUUAACAUUUAGGAGCAAAUUAGUUUUUUAUCACUUAUUUGAGGCAUUUAUAUUUUGAACACAAAGCAAAACUGAAAAAAUAUUUUUUUGGGACGCGUAACUUGAAGAGAAGUAUUAUCCAAAAUAUUAAAUAUGUUUAUGCAAAAUAACACAGGCUCAAGGUAUAAAUCAAUCACAGCCUUAAUUUCGUUAAAUCCCAAAACACUGAAAUGAAGAUGUUAUCUUUCUCUAAAUAAAAGUUUAGGAUGAGAAAUUUAGGUGUUUUGGAAAAAAAAUGCUAGGGAGCUGAGUAGCCUAAGUACAGUUACAUUAUUUAGCUAUUACUUUGUAAACACGAAGAAAAGGGAUGUAAAGCAGUUGGACAAAAAGAUUUGGUAUUUUAAUUUUUUUUGUGCUUUUUGUGUUUUAAACAUUUAUUGGAAGGAUUUCUACCUCUUCUUUGCUACUUUUAUUAGAAGAGAACCUGUCUUCAAUUUCUGUGAUGAAUAUUAAUUAGGCAGGCUAGCUGCACUUACACAGCUAAACAAGUUGCUAUGACAAUAACAAAAGUGUUCUACAUAUCUCCAGGAUAAUGAGCUGUAAUAGCCAGGCUAACCAACAGCUGUGCUACCCCAUUUGAGUCAUUCCAAAUGGCUCAACAGAGACAUUUAAUUUCUAGUAUUAAAAUCCAAACCACACUUCAACAGUCACUCCACAAUUUAUUUUUACUGGUGAGACUGUGAUGGCACUAUUUUUAAAAUACAGUAAAGCUUCUUGGAAAAUAAUUAUUUAUUCAUAACCAGAAAACUGUUGGGAUCAUCUUUCAACUCCCCUUAGUAAUAACAGCAUUAUGCUUCUGACCCAGCCUGCAACACCUGUCAAAACACUGGUCUUCUGCAGUGGGGUUCCAAGCUAUUAGUAGCAACAAUGAACAAGUUAAAUAACCUCCCUUCAAAACAUAGUAAUAGUGCACAUGGAAUCACAAAGCAGAUAUUGUACCAUCACCUCUUGAACAAAUGUUGCUUGCAGAUUAAUUACUUCCAAACUAAUGUCUUACUCUUUAAGUAUCCUGCUAUAAAGAUAGCUUUGAGAACUUCGGGUUAUAUAUUCAUAACAAGCAGGAACUUCAGGUAAAUGCUUUAAAAACAGAGUUUGUCAGGAAUCUAGGAGACAUCAAAACAAUCCUGUUAUUUUAAUUCUGAAACAAACACUGCAUAAUACUAACUGCCUCCGUACCUGAUGGCAAAAUCGAAAUCAGCUGGACACAGGCAGUUACUUAACAGUAAACUGAACUGUUAAGAAAGCCCACGUAUGCUUUCAUUAGUAUACACAAUAAUCACCAUGUUAGGUAAACAAGAAACUUUGCUGAAUGCAAAUCAAUAGUGUAGCUGUUACUACUUAUACUUUGGAUGUAACAUUAAAUAUAAGGAUCUAUAAAAUGCCAAGUUUGUGCUCUGCAUUUUUCCAGCAUGUUUUAUCUAUCUAGAGGUACAGUCCUACUAGUUCUCAGAGAAUAGAUACUUAAGUCUACAUAAACUGUAAUAAUGUCCUGUCUCUGAUAAGUCUCGUGCAGUGGGCUCUCCUUGUCAUGUCACCCACAUACUGCAAGUUGUCUAAGAAUUCUUCUAAGGACUCAUUUUAGAUUCUAAGAACCUCUGAUGCCUACACACAGUCAGAGACAUCAAGCAGCAAGAUAAAAGCCAAACAAGUCUUGUUUCUCCAAUCUAUGGUAGUAAGCAAAAGAGCAACAAAUUAUGUAUUUGUCACUGCAAGAUGAACAUUCCUGGCAAGCUAUAUAUGGCAAACUGUUCUAAUAUUAAUCUCACUGUAUGAGAACAACAUGGUGUCUGGAGGAAAGAUGUAGCCCAAACAUACAGAAGUGUAUUCCAUUCUAUUUUUGCUGUAGUCAAGAAAGACUGAAGUGUACUACUUUCACUCUUCUCUCAUCAGUCCAGCACAGGAAAAGUGAAUUGCAGUACUUCUAUGAUUUCUGCAGUAUCUCAUACAAAGGAUACUGUAUUUUACAUUGGAAAAUACUAAAAAGCCUAAGCCGUAGAGAAACAUCUGUAUACUUGUGAUACUCUCACAUUAAAGGUUUGUAUUUCUUCCUAAA